AUGACUCGGUACAUGGAAAAACAUAAAAUAGAAUCUGAUUCUCCUCAGUUCAAGUUAUUGGUGAAGCUUUUGACUAUGGAUCCCAAUAAGCGAAUUUCUUGCAAGGAAGCUAUGGAGGAACCAUAUUUCAAGAUGGAUCCAAAACCUACUGAGGACGUGUUUUACAAGUUUGAUAUACCGUAUCCAAAACGAGAAUCGCUGCCGGAUGCAGAUAUUAAGAAAUCCUUAGCAAUGAACAUUGUUGAUGAUCAGAAUCAGCAAGCAACCAAUCCACAGGUUAGCCAAAAUAUGAACCAACAACUGGACUCUGAGCCCGUGAACAAAAGGCUACGUAUGGGUGGACAACAGAGUCAACCUAUGCCUACAUCAAUGCCAGUGACCCAGCAACAAAUGGGUAUGAUGCAGGGUGGGCAACAGUUCCCACAUCAAAGUAUGGGUGAGGGAAUGAUGCAAGGACAGCCGAUGAUCAUGCGGCAACAGAUGCCGCCAUCAUAUCAGCAACAUCCUCAGGGAAUGAUGCAGCAGUCAGGGGGUUAGCU